AUCAGUCGGAGGAGAGAGUGUGUGUGUGUGGGUGUCGAUCGCCCCGUCAGAAUGGCGAGUCUGUGCCUGCUGCUGCUGAGCGCCGCUCUGAUACACACUGUCCAGUCUCUGCCUACAGCUCGUGCCGGUGGGCGUGGCCUAGAUGUCUCAGUGGGCGUGGCCAGACGUCUGCGCAGGGAGCUCCGUGACUUGCUGCCCUAUGAGGCCGAGAUGCUGACGUAUCCCACCGGGAGGGGGGGCGGGGUCAACGACCCCUACUACCAAUCUGACGACUGGAGGGGGAGGGGCUUGGACCAGGCUCUGCAACGAUUGGUGGAGAGCGACCAGAGGAGGGAGCUGCAGCAGGAAGAGGAACAGGAAGCAGCCUACCUGGCAGCUCUGCUCCGCCUGCUGAGCGAGGCGGAGAGCGCGGGAUUGGUCGGCCCCGGCGAUGUGGACGUGGUGGAGGAGGAGGAGGAGGACGAGGAGGACGAGGAGGAGCCGGGGGACUUCCAGGGCCCGGCCCCCCCGGACUACGAUGAGACGGGCCGGGCGGUGAGCAUGGGCAAGCCCCCGGCGGCCUGGUGGGGCCUGAUGGAGCCGCAGCUCGCCCACGCCCUGCUGCAGAGGGUGGAGCCUCAGAUCGCCCAGGCUCUGCUAGAGCGAGCGAGGCAGGAGAGACUGCAGCAGGCUGCAAGACCUGGACCAGGACUGACCCAAAGACCUGGACCAGGACUGACCCAAAGACCGGGACCAGGACUGUCCAGAGGAACUGACCAGGAGACUCUGAGAUACCUGGUUGCUAGGAUACUGGCGAGCCUUGGCCCCGGCAACGCCGGCAGCCCCUCCGGUCGCCGAGCGAGGAGGGACCUGACUAUCCCAGCCGGAGGGGGCGGGGCCAAUGCUGCCAGCCCCGCCCACAGGAGAACCCGCCGUUCCCUCGAUGACAUGCCGCCCCCGUCGCCUAGCAACGACCCCCCCCUGCUGCGAGUGAAGAGGCUGGAGGUGGAGGAGGAGGAGGGGGGGGAGAACACCACACCCCAGCAGCGUCCCGCCGCCACCGCCGGCCUGCAGAGGAUGAAACGCAUCGAUACCAUGGCAACAGCAGAAGAACUGAAUCAUGGGAGUGGUAGGCGCCGGAGGAGAGCCGCAGUGAACUACGACCCCCAGAUACUGAUUCAGCAGAUCCUACAGUAUCUGGAGGAGUAGGAGGAGGAGGAGGAGGAGGAGGAGG